UCUCUCCAGUACACUAUCUUAACGAGAAACUGCUUGGAAAGCUGCACGUUGGGACAGGUUUCUGUUUUUAGAGAUUUCAAGUUGCACACAGGAAGAGACACUGACACAGCAUCUCUUUGGAACAGCCUUCUUUUGUCCAUUACCUUCUACAUACAAACUACACAGCAUUAAUUCCUCCCAUCAUGUCCAACCAGUCGACCCAGUCUUACCCUCAGGAUGCCUACAAGGCUCUGAUAAGAGGUGUUCAGGAGGUGGACCUUCAGCAUUCCAGUGUUCCUUGUAACUUGGUGCUGACAGGAGAUGCCUUUCCUGUAGUGAUCAACAGCCAGGGUCACAUCCUCAUGGCUGCUUCUGUGUACGGCCGAGGAAGAAUCGUGGUCCUGAGCCACGAGACCUACCUGACCCUCUGCCCUGCCCUGGUAGACAAUGCUCUGACCUGGCUGGGAGGAGGGAAGUCUGCCAACCUGUCUUUAGGUGUACCCAAAACAAUGAAAGAAGUUGUUGAUAACCUCAACAAAUCCACCUACCAAGUCAGUCUUGUUGAGGAAUUUAGAGCAGAUCUGGGUGUCGGCGUGUAUGUAACUGAUGCGUACCAAGUGGGUCCAAAGGCAAAAGAGUUGAUAGUCUUCAUGAAAGCAGGGGGAGGGUUGCUGAUUGGUGGACAAGCUUGGUGGUGGGCUUCACAGAAUGAGAAUAAAAAUCUAAUCCUUGAGUUUCCAGGGAAUAAAGUUACUGGAGUAGCAGGAAUCUACUUCACUGCUCAGUACGGAAAGGCAGAAAAAGUUUCCAUUCACCCAGAGGUCCCAAACUCCUGUAAAGCUGUAGAUUGUGCGAUGGAUUUCAAAAAAGAUCUGGAGUUCUUGCUGAAAGGGAUUUCAGAUUUUGACAUUAAAGGAGAUGGACUUCCCUCUGCAGCUUUGGUCCAUGGCCCUCUUGCUUUUCCCAUCGGUACCACAGAUAAAGGAAAGGUGUUCCUGGCAGGAACCUACUAUGGUCAGGGACGGAUCAUUGUGGUGACACAUGAGUCAUUUCUGCAAUACGAGAAACUGGCAUCAUUUUGGAAGAAUGCAUUAAACUGGCUGGACCAAGGCAGAAAAGGAGUGGUUGGAUUUGAGCCACACAUCAAACCUUUAUCCAACUUAGGGUUGACAUGUAAGAAGACCAACUUCAGCACAGAGCUGAGUGUGUUUGUGUGCACAGCAUACACUGACAUGGAUGCUGAGAUGAUCCAAAACUUUGUGGUUGAGGGAGGAGGCCUGCUGAUUGGUGGACAUGCCUGGUACUGGGCAUCGACACACAUUGGCCAGAACCCCAUGCAAGACUUCUCAGGAAACAAAAUCUUGAGCAAAAUGGGCUUGGGCUUAUUAACAGAAACUGCAGAAAUUGAAGAUGUCUACAAAGCUCCUGAUCCAAGCCAAGUCAACAAGCUCCAUUUCCGUCAUCUCCUGCAUCGAUUUGCUUGUCAUGCUCUAGAGGGUAUAAAACUCACCAAGGAAGAAGAAGAGAACCUAAAGAAACUGGGAUCAGAGAGUGCCUCCUUCUUGAGGAUAGAGGCUUAUAACUGGGUCUCCUACAUACAAAUUCUGUCCCUUCUGACUGACAUCUUAAAGAAAGUGGGCAUCCAACAGGCGAGUGAGCAGAACCCUGUGAAGAGUCCCAAAGAGCAUGCAGUCCUCAGUCUGGCAACCAGUGUGUACGAUGCUUCCCUAAACCAGAAGGAGCUUCUGCCCUACAUCAUAAAGGAUAACCCGCCACUACCUGUGGUCAAGAACCAACAAAUCAUGAUCACUGCACAAACAGGAGAACAUGAGGAGUGGAUCAGUACAGGCCUGUAUCUUUCUCCUGGCAUGAAGACAGAAAUGAUCUUACCACCAAAGUUUGUGAACAGGAGAUGGAGGAUCCAAAUAGGCUGCCAAAGUGAUGUGCUGCAUAAAGAGGAGUUAUGGAGAGCUCCAUAUGUUAUCAAGAGUUUCCCUAUUACAUCAGAGAGAAUGCAGGUGUGGAACUUGUGGGGAGGACUCAUCUACCUGCUGGCUCCACGUGACGUGAAGGUGGAGAACGAAAAGAUUGUGGUUCAGGAGGCGAUCACUGCUCCUUAUUACAAGUCUGGUGUAACUAAAGAAGCUGAUUGGUCCUCUCUGCGCAAAGCUCCAGCACCCUGGGCAGAAAUGGAGUUUGAGAACAUCAUCCUCACUGUACCGUCACACAUCAUUCGUGACCUGGAGAAUGCUCUGGAGGUGGAAAAACUCUGGAAUGCCAUCAUGAAGGGUGUUGCGGAUCUGGCCGUCAUUCCACAAAAAUUCAUCCGCAAAGAACGCAUCGUGGCUGAUGUGCAGAUUUCUGCAGGUUGGAUGCAUUCAGGCUAUCCCAUCAUGAUGCACUCAUCCAUAGGAGCUGAGCUGUUCAACCCACAAGAUGCCCGGACCAAAGGUCUGUGGGGAGAAAUUCAUGAACUGGGGCACAACCAACAGAGGAGCCCCUGGGAGUUUCCACCACACACUACAGAGGCCACGUGCAACCUGUGGUCAGUGUAUGUGCAUGAGGAGAUGCUGGGACUUGACAGAACAAAGGCUCAUCCCUCCAUAACUGCAGCCAGUCGGAAGAGCUCUGUAGAGGAAUACGUUAAAGGAGGCAAGAAGCUCAGCGACUGGAAGGUUUGGACCGCCCUGGAGACAUACCUGCAGCUCCAGGAAAAGUUUGGCUGGGACGCUUUUAAGAAGGUGUUUGCUGCCUACCAUGACAUGACCAACCAUCCCAAUGACAACGAAGGGAAGAUGAACCUGUAUGCUGAGACUUUCUCCAGAGCUGUGAACAGGAACCUGACUGGAUUCUUCAAAGCCUGGGGAUGGCCCAUCCAAAAAGCCACUGAGGAGGAACUCUCCAACCUGCCUCUCUGGACCGAUCACCCAAUGGCCUAACAUGAUCUCUUAUAACUAAAACUCCCACUGGGUCGAGUUUAAACUGUAACCUGGUUUAAUUGAUAAUGACAGCUGUAGUUUGUCUUUUAUUCCCAGUAUAAUGCUAUAAUUAUUGAAUGAUUACUGAAAUUAAUCAUGAUGAUCAAGGAAUGAUUUUUGGGGUGAUUGAUUUUAAAGACGAUAUUAACAAUGAGAUGUGAUGUUUUGUUGGAGAAAGAGGAAACAUUAGAGAAGAAUUAGCAUAAAGAAAAGAAGCUAAUUGAAGCAUUAUGAAAUGCAGUUAAUGAUUCAGUUUGUGAACAUGUUGGCAAAUGACUCAUGAAAAACAGCAUAAAAAAAUAUCACUGUUUAUUAUCUUUUGUUGUACUCGUAUAUCGCAAUUCUAAUUUCUUUAAGUAAUUACUGUUCUCUCUGACAGUACAUUUAAUCACUCAUUGGUUCCUUUAUGUUUUCCGGUUCUGACUUGUAAUGUCUUAAUGGUUGUUUUUCAUAACUGUACUGCUAACCACAAUAAAGUUUUCUUUUCUAUUUUCCA